UCACGCUCGUUUCUCCUCCCCAAGUUCGAUGGCGUCAGGUUUCAGUUACACUGGAGGCCGUUCGCGGUGUUUUGCCUACUGGCAAGAAUUCUCGAAAUGCUAUGCUGAAGCUGACGUGCCUAGUCAAUGCCGUCUGCAGGCGGAUGAUUACCUAGAGUGCCUCCACCACACGAAAGAGAUUGCGCACGCUAAGGCUGUGAAGGCCGAAUUUAUUAAACAAGCAGAGCACCAUGCCAAAGAAGGCCGUAAAGUGGCUGAUGUUCUCGCAGAUGGCGUGAUUGUAGGAGUGGGGCUGAUACAAAGAGACCAAGGUGGGGAAGGCAAGCACAAGUAGUGUAUUGAAAUACCCUUGGUCGCUGGUUCGACUUGCACAGCACUGUUGCAUCCUCGCGCAUUUUUAGCUGCCUUGCGGCUGUCUGACGGAGCCUUAAGCCGAUCAGUUACUGUAAUCCGAAUGGAAAUCACGUUUUCGGAGGUCCUUCUUGCGGCUGACUGUAGUAAUUGUAAAAUUCCAAACAACGUGUUUCUUGCAUGUUAUCUGC